UACUACAAUUAAGGAGAGUAUAUAUAUACUGUGUAUGGAGAGAAGUCGUUUCCUACUGUCGAGAAUGUUGUCGAUGAUACACUGCUUGUGUUAUAUCUAUAUGAUGAUUAUGGCUAAUUGCUUUACUGCAGGUGCAUUAGGAAUAGCUCAUACCAAUUUCAGCACAGAUCAGUCUGCACUUCUUGCUCUCAAAGCUCACAUCACUAGUGACCCUCAAAACAUCUUGACCGCUAACUGGUCCUCUGCCUCCAAUUUCGACAUUUGCAACUGGGUUGGCGUUACCUGCGGUGCUCGCCACCACAGAGUCACGGCCUUAAAUCUCUCGUACAUGGGUCUUGCCGGGGUUAUUCCUCCGCAUCUAGGCAACCUCUCAUUUCUCAUUGAGUUGAGCGUUGAGAAUAAUAGUUUUCAUGGUCCCCUACCCCAAGAAUUGUCUCGUUUGCGCCGGUUGAAGAAGGUUUGCUUUGGAAACAACAACUUUAUGGGAACCAUUCCUUCGUGGUUUGGGUCGUUCGCUAAACUUCAAAUCUUCAUAUUGUAUGGUAAUGGCUUCUCUGGCUUUAUACCCGCUGCUAUCUUCAACUUAUCUGCACUCAAAGAAAUUGAUCUGAGCAGUAACCAACUAUCAGGUAGCAUACCCAGAGAAAUAGGCAACUUAACAAUGGUGAAGUUAAUAUACCUUGAAGACAACAAGUUCGAAGUUUUGGUGUGA